AUGUGCCGGCCGGUUGUAAAUGGUGUAAAUGUUGCCGGCUUGUGCGCGAGAAGCCCCUUUGUCAACUUCAUGCGAGAAGCCGUGGUUUGGGGUGCCUCGCCAAAUUUCAUGAUGAUGAGGCCAAACUUUCGGUAUCCGCAGCUUUGA